UCCUCCAACAAACACAAGCUGCGACGCACUUUCACACUGGGACCGUAUCUGGGCUGCUCCUUUGCUUGUUCUUUUGUUUCAUUUUUUGUUUGUUUGUUUUUUUGCUAUUUAUUUCUGGGUGGAGACAACUCUGGAGUGCGCCUGUAAUCAUGAAGGAAAGGAGAAAUACGCAGCCGCUGGUGGUGAGAUGUAAACUGGUUCUUGUGGGAGAUGUUCAAUGCGGAAAAACGGCAAUGUUACAAGUGCUGGCCAAGGACUGCUAUCCAGAGACAUAUGUGCCAACGGUGUUUGAAAACUACACAGCCUGUCUUGAGCUGGAGGAGCAGCGUGUGGAGCUGAGUCUGUGGGACACAUCAGGUUCUCCAUACUAUGACAAUGUAAGACCCCUAUGCUACAGUGACUCUGACGCAGUCCUGUUGUGUUUUGACAUCAGCCGCCCAGACACAAUGGACAGCAGUCUCAAAAAGUGGAAAAGUGAAAUUCUGGACUUCUGUCCAAGCACGCGAAUUCUGUUGAUUGGCUGUAAGAUCGACCUUCGUACGGAUGUGUGCACCCUCAUGGAGCUGUCCAAUAUGAAACAGACACCAGUUACCUAUGAGCAGGGCUCUGCUAUGGCCAAGCAACUUGGUGCUGAAGCCUAUUUGGAGUGCUCGGCCUUCACCUCGGAGAAAAGUAUUCACAGCGUGUUUCGUACUGCAGCAAUGGCCUGCAUCAACAAACUACAGCCCCUCCCAAAGUCCAGCCCUCCCCGUCGGCUCUCCAAAAGACUCCUUCACCUGCCCAGCAAGUCGGACCUUCUCUCCUCCACCUUCAAGAAGGAAAAGACCAAGAGCUGCUCGGUGAUGUGAAGGAGGAGAGAACAGGGCUCAGCUCCUCGUACGCGACUCCCAGCCCCAGCCUAUUUGGUCUCGGGGAAGGGGGGGUGGGCAUGAUGGUUUUAUCAGGGCUAUCCUGCUGAAUCCUUCCCUCACCCCCCCGAAUACCAAACAAACCCUCAGAAGAGACGGACACUUAGCUGUCCACUCUCUCCUGAACCUUUGAGUUCAUAACCCAUGUUUCUUUUUAUUACACUUUUCAAAUAAAACAGUAUCAGUAAGGUAAUUUUGUUCAACAAACUAGAACAGUGUUUCAUCUGUCUGACAAUCCACAGGCACAUCUUAAUUUUAUCCUAAUUUUAUGAAAGUCUGCAAUGUUUAAGCUUGCGACAUCAAUGCCUCUCAACAAUCUCAAUAUAUAUUUUUCUAACAAACCUACAUAAAUCUAGCAUGCAUCUGUUGGGAAUUAGCAAAAAAGCAACUUUCCCUCUCUAAAAGUGGUGUGAAAUGUCGCCUGUUUUACCCUAUCCAGAUGACAGAACAGAGGGAGAAUAGAAGCAAAACUCACCGAGAGCCAACACUCAGAGAGGAGUUCUAACCAUCUCAGUGGUGAUGUGAGCUGGAGAAGGUAGUGCUGCUGCACCUUUCAUCCACCUGCAUGGGCUGAAGAUCGGUGGCUGUGUAGCUGUUCACGGCGCUGCUCCACAAACUUUCAGUGGAGCAUGUAGCACAGGCUGGUAGGGGUCUCUAUUUGCAAAAACAACUGCAGAAAACGGUUCAGAAAAUAGGAGUAAAAGUUUGGAAAGGUUUCAUUCACUACAGGAGUCACUAUUACUGCUAAUGUAUCAGAAAUAGGAAGGUAAAUCGGCUUUUUGUUGCCAUCAGAAGCAUAAACACACAAGUUUCCAGCUGUGAGCUGUGGGGUGUUCUCUACGACGAAGUGCUUGAGUACUUAAAGGGAUGAAAAAGGCUGUUUUAAAAAAAUGUAAGAUCAUUGCUGCUUGGCUCCUGUUGAAAAUUUACUGUGUUUUAUCGGAUAUACUUCAAAAAAGAUUUGUAGCAUUACAAUGUUGGCACUUUUUUCAGUUGUAUGCAGUUUGAAAAAUAAUGCCUUUAAUUUCAUGUACCCAGAAGGUCAGUAAAAUUUACCAAUACUGUAAAAUGCCUGUGGAUAUGCAUUGAUCUAAUGUAGCACUCAAAACUCUAUUCUUCCAAGACAACUAUAGUUUAUGUGUCGGCACAAUAGAGUCUCUCGACCUUCAAUAAGCAUUUCUUACUGUAGGUGAGAACGGCAGUGGAGCAAAAAUCGGGCGCUUUUUGUCGACACCUUAAAUCUUUGGCUUCAUGGUUAUGUGUCUGCAGCUGUGAGUUCUGCGCUUCUGACCGUAAAGCAAUAAUGAUUGAAGUGCUUGUGUUACAAAGUGUGGCAAUAAUGCAGCUUUGUGAUUACUGUUGUGCUCUAAGUAAUCGGUGGACAGAUAUGUCAUUGAUUAAAACCAUCUCUGCUGUACAAACGGACUGCUGAUCGCUGUCUGCCCUUUCUUCUGUGUAGUCACUGUUUUUUUGAAUAACCAGUGACGAAGAAACCAGAGUAGAGAAAAAGGGCAACGUGCCUCUUUUAGCUAAAAUGUGUGUCAUUUUGCUGAUGUAAGGUUUGCAACACCAUGCAAAAGUAUUCAUACUGCCUAUACCCUUUUUUGCAAAAGAUACCUUGAACUAAACCAAUCUAUUUAACCUCUGGUUAUUUAGUAAAGGUUAGUGGCCUGCUGGAAUGUGAACCUGUUCCUCUAAAGGCAUGACUCUCCCAUUUCUAUGUUUGUGAUAAUAUAGGCUAAAAAAAAAAAUCCUACCAUUAAAUCAUAGCAUGUUCCUCCACAUGUUGGCUCGAUCGACUGGAUAUGCGAAGGGAAAAAAGAAAAAAUAAAUUUAUAUUUUGAACAAAACAUAUUAUUGAAUAAAUCUCUAUAACCUCAAAUUAUUUUUUAAUUUUAAUAAACUGGAACACAGUGUUGCACAGAAGCAUUUUAGAUGUGCAGAGCCACAACCCACUCUUAAAGCCACACAUCUGAACAUUGAUGCUGGCAAAGAAAAAAAAAUGAAAAUGCAUUAGAUGAAAAGCCAAAAGCAUUGUUUAUCCCUUUUAGGAGUCUUGAGUGGUGGCUACGCAUUUUAGCAGCACACUAAAUCUGAAGACGCAUUUUUAUGUUUAAAGUAAUUUUACAAAGGGAAGCAGCGGCAUAUUAAACAUAGCACAAAGCUUAAGCUAAUGUAAAAUAAUAACCUUAUGUCUUCGAAUUUUUUUUUUCUUCAAAAUGUUAAGAAUAUACUACAUUUUUUCAGGAUGUUGCUAUCCAGCUUCAAUCUAAAGUAUUUUGACAACCAUAGUGUCCCCAGUUUUGCAGAUCAUCCAAUGUUUUUUUUUCCAAGAACCACAUUUACUCUAAUAUAUAUCUCCAGUAACAAGAAUUUAAGUGUAGGAUUAAUAGCUGGUUCUGCUUCAUGGUUACCAAAAGUAACCUUUUGUUAUUAAUAUUCUCCUUGUCUGGCUUGUUAGUCAAGACAGAUGACUGUUUCUUGAUUCCUAUUCCGCUUUGAUUACCGAUUAUAAAUUGAAAGCUUUUAUCUAGGAGUUUCAAAGCUUGAGGUUUUAUUUAAUGAAGUAAAAUAAAACUUCUCUAGUUCUUUCUUCCUUAGCUGUCUGCUGUGUUCCUCAGUCAUGAAGAAGCUGUCUGUUCAGUUAUGUUCACAAAAAAAUCUCAGAUGCCUUCAUAAAACAGCUGCAUUUAUACUGAGAUUAAACUAGUCAAUAGGAAACUUUUUUAAAAAUAUUAAGAUCCUUCACCAUGGGUUUUGUAUAGGUAUGUCAGAGUAAAUCAAAUUAAAUUCAAAUGCAGGCAUCAUUUUGCUUUUAAAAAAAGUGAAAAUCAUGCAUUCCUUUCCACUUUAUAUACUUUUCCUUCAACUUUUCAUAACUACCCUCUGUUAGUCUCAUAAAACAUUUGUGAAACUGUAAAAAAGCCAAAAGGCUAUGAAUGCUUUUGCAAUGCCCUUAAACUGUGCUGUUUGAGUAAGUUAGCAAUUACACACUUUAAACAUGAAACGUAUACUUUAAAAGGGAUCAGUUUUUAAUGAAGGGCUUGUGUGUGAUGAAAAUAAAAUGGGACCGAGGGAAACAAGUAAUCCAACUGCACAGGCUGGCCCUGUCCAAAGAAAGCUAUUUUUCCAUUCUUCUUUUAUGUGUAUUUUUCACUAUCUAAUGCAUGAUGUGAGUUCUCAUGUCAUCUUGGAAAUAUUUAGCUGAGAUGACUGUUUUGUCUUAACGAUGUGUGGACCCCCCCUGGUUUAGAACAACUUAAAGUGAUCAAUCACACAAAGGCUUCCAAAGUUCCUCUCAUUGCCUUGCAGCGGUUCAGUCUGCAGCUCUGCCAGUGGUUGUGGACAGAAGUCAUCAGUCAACUGGCAGACAUUCCCACACCUAUUACUAUACCAUUAUAUUACCAACUUUUCAAAUAAAAAAGGAAGUAUUUGCUGAUGUUUUUGUCUGAUGCGAAGCCUUUCUGUAAAGGGAGGCUCAGGCGGCUCGGUGACCAUGUCAGUUAUUAUGCAGCCAUUGUGUUGUAGUCAGUGUUUGGUACAAAUGGUGCCGUCAAACUCCUAAGCAUGUCCUAUUAAACUUGUAUGAUUGUAUAUACCGUCUCUUGUUUUAUAGUUCUGAAAUGAUCGUUCCUGAUGUUAGUAUUUAUUUAAAGGCUUCAUUUGCCUUUUUUUUCAGUGACAUGUAUGUUUGCUUUAAAUAUUUUUUUGAAAUGAAAUAUUUUCUUUUUUUUUUGUUGAUGUUUACUGUUGAAUAA